ACCGCAUCUACCAUGAGCGAGCUCGUCCUCGACGCCCAGGCCAAGCGCCUGCGGUGGCUGCGUCUCUCCAACACCGUUCUGCUGGCGGUUGCCUUCGUCUUUGUGUUUGUGGCCUAUGGAAUCGUCCAGGGCCUGGCAUCGAGCAUUCUCUCUCCGUCCGUGGCCUUCUGGUUCCUGUCGCUGCUCUACUUCUCCUUUGCCUUCUGCAAUCUCAUGGUGUCAUCGACUAUCGUCAAGCUACUCGGGUCCAGGCGGACCAUGAUGCUCGGCUCAAUCUGUUACCUGGUCUUGGAGAUAUGCAACAUCAUCGCCGUUCAAAAUUCCACCAACGAACUCAUCCAGUACAUGCUGCUCAUGCCGUCGUCGGUUCUGCUCGGCCUGGGUGCCUCGAUUCUCUGGACAGGACACGGCAAGUGGAUGACCGAACUAUCAACCAAAGAAACCAUGGGCACAUAUUCGGGCAUCUUCUUUGGAAUCUACCAGUCGUCCAUUAUCUUGGGUGCUCUGCUUCCCGCCCUCUUGCUCAUCGUCAAGAUUCCCACGGUCACUGUCCUGGCCAUCACAACCAGCCUUGGAUUUGUGGGCGUGCUCCUGAUGGAGUUCAUAUGUCAUCGACCCAUGCCUGAGGAACCCGAGGACGAGCAGCCCGUUCAAGCGUCCACCCAGACUCUGUCUCUUGGCAAUCGUCUCUUGGAGACCGUCCGGAUGAUCAAGUACCGGAACAUUGUUCUGCUGCUGCCUCUGGCUUAUGUUUACGCCUUUGAGAUGGCUUUUUACAGUGGAACGAUACCGCUGUUCAUCAACAGCUCCGACUCGCAAGACCAAACUCGCGAUCUCGCUAUGAAGCUCUAUGUCACUGCAACCAGCGGCUCGGCGAAUGUCGUGGUAUCCGUCAUUGUCGGCAAGCUGCUCGACAAGCUCGGCGCCCGCCCCAUAUCGCUGGUGCUGCUCGGUGUCUUUGGUACUGUCGUGAUCCUGCUGACAGCCCUGAACCCGUUCAACAAUUUGCCAUUGCUAUUUGGCGUCGCUCCCGGCUUUGGCACAACCGAAGCGAUUAUCAUGACCCUGACCUACUCGCUCUUGGGCAAGCUCUUUGACCGGUCGAUCGCAGCCCCGGCGUUCGCUUUCCAUCGAUUCAACAUGGCUUUUGGCACGGGUCUUGGCUUUGCUGUUUCCAAGUUGAUGCUCAAGUCCAACGGCGAUCCCAAUAUGGCGAUCUGGUCUCCGCUGCUGCUCACGCUCCUGUGCCUCUGCGUCGGUGGCAUUUUCAUGACCAAGUCCGACCCAGCACCUCCGGAAGCCAAUGUGCUGCCCGCCGACGCCGCAAAAACCGAAACCUCGCUGGACGAAAAUGGAUCGGAGUAGUCCGUUGGUCUGACCAAGACAACUACGGCCUGGCAGCUCUGCACUCUGUCUCGGUGACGAACCUGCUUCUUCUAUGAAACGAUAUUUACUGAUUUCAAGCAUCAGUCGCCCUGUUCGGAAAUACCAGCUCUGUGUCCUCGAUUCGCUGAAAGCACCAGGAUCCAUAUCGUUGGACGGGCUGCUCUGCUCCAUCAUGAACACGACACAGCGGCGGCUUGCCAUUCAUUCUGCUGAGCCCUUUCCACCAAUGGAUCAAGUAUCGUCGGAAUAGAGUCAGCCCUCCCCCGCUCUAUGACUUGAACCACACAGUGCCCCUCGUCUGGUAGUAGAUGGACCACGCAUCUGCCGAGCAU